AUGUGCCCCAAGAGCUUCGCAGAUCCCUCUGCUCUUAGAAAGCACGAACGGCCCCACACUGGCGAGGAAGAGCUGAACGGAGUCGAUCCAGGAGAUAGCCAAGGCAGACCAGAGUGCCAAACGUGCGGCAAGAGCUUCGCGGAUCACUCUGCUCUCAGAUUUCACAAACGGACCCACACUGGCCAGAAACCUCACAAGUGCCAGGAGUGCUCCAAGAGCUUCGCGCAUCCCUCUACUCUCAGUAGGCACGAACUGACCCACAGUGGCAAGAAACCUUACAAGUGCCAGAUGUGCCCCAAGAGCUUCGCGGAUCCCUCUACUCUCAGAAGGCACAAAUUGACCCACAGUGGCAAGAAACCUUACAAGUGCCGGAUAUGCCCCAAGAGCUUCGCGGAUCCCUAUGAUCUCAGAAGGCACGAACAGGCCCAAAGAGGUCAUUAAGUCAAAUAGAGGUGUUUAAGAUGUUCCACACAUUACACGGCGGAAGGCUUUGUCCGAGUAAGUUCAUCGCACGAACUUGUAGAUUCAGGAGGCCACGCGAGUCUAUGCUGGCGGCGAUGAUGUGCUCCGUGAUUUAGGCCACAAGAACUUUGAGCGUCUCCACUCUCUGUGACGACUUGUGAAGAUCGCUUCCGCGAGUUCAAGAAAAAGGAGGUAGCCGCCACCAAAGAACCGUCUAUUGAGGAUGUAUUCCCAAUCAUUGAGGCCGAACUGCAUAACUACAGGUGUCGCCACCGUUCUGCAGCAUCCGGUAUGAACUUUCCUUCAACUAAGCUGUC